AAUUUUGCAGUCGCGUUUGCUUCGUUGUUCGUGUGCGAAAAUUAAAGUGAAAAGGUUAGCAUUUAAUUACUAAAAUUGUUCAAAAUUGGUUUAAUUCUGUUCAGGAAGUUCAGGUGAAGACUUUUGUCAUAUUUUUUCAAAACUAACGUGUUGCGGCUUAGUGCAUGGAACACAAAUUGUUCCAUAAGAGGAAUGUGUGUAAAAAAAUGUCUGGCGAUUGAUUCGACAGCUAGGCCUGCUCCGUUGUUACAGCAAUGGUUGUUUGAAGGUACGAUUCUGGCCGUGUGAGUGUGGAACCGAAGAAUAGUGAUAUUUUCACGUCAAAGCUUUGUGACCGAUACCGUGUAAAACUUCGAAAUGGGUGCGUAAGAUAAUUUGUUUCACACAAGAGAAAUCUUCCGAAAAAGUCAGCCCGGUAGUUCCGAGGUGGGAUGUUGGCCAGAACCGAACCCUCUGGUGUUCCGCAAUCACGACAAGAUACCCAAAGUAUCAUGGAGACACGGUUAUUGCUAAUUUACUAGCCUUCCCAAAUUAGCUGACAGUCGUAAAAAUGUUCAUCCAGUGGCCAAACCGGAAUCAAUACAUCACCCACUGCGAGGGAAACGGCAAAAGGGAAUGUGCAGCAAGCUUGGUUUUAGAGCAAAAAUAGUAAUGUGGCACCGAGUGGUCUAAUCAGUUAGCAAACAAAUGACAAUAAUAUAAUAUAGUAGCGAGUUCACGCUAUAUGCAUCGGCGUGUAUCAGGCCAUCGUUCAAUCAUUCGAGCGCAGCAGCAAAGGAAACAUAAACAACGCUGGUAAAGUGAAUCGAAUACAAAGUAAAAGAAACGAAAUAAAAAUUACCAACGAUAGUGUGAAAGUGCUGUGCAUAGUACAGGUCCAAAUAAAGAAGUAAUAGUUAAAACGUGACGAUAGGGUGUGUGAUAAUAGUCUACCCGCGUGAGUGUAGUUUCCUUUCGCUUCCCUUCCUUGUGUCUGCUACUGCCACUACUGUGUCGGUAGCAUGCCUAUAAUGAGGCCGGGAAGUCUAAAGGAUCCCGAGAUAGCUGAACUGUUCAACAAACAUGACCCGGAGAAGAUAUUUGAAGAUUUACGCGAAAUCGGUCAUGGAUCGUUCGGUGCAGUUUACUAUGCCAAGUGCAACCUUACGCGGGAGAUUGUCGCGAUCAAGAAAAUGUCCUAUUUGGGCAAGCAGAGCAUGGAAAAGUGGCAGGAUAUCCUGAAGGAAAUUCGCUUUCUGCGGCAGCUGAAUCAUCCUAAUACGAUCGAGUAUAAGGGCUGCUAUCUGCACGAAAACACCGCUUGGUUGGUGAUGGAGUAUUGCGUCGGUUCGGCGUCCGAUAUCAUCGAGGUACACAAGCGGCCACUCAAGGAGGACGAAAUCUCCGCUAUAUGUGAUGGCGUGCUACGCGGGCUAAGCUAUCUGCAUAGUUUGGGGAGGAUUCACCGUGACAUCAAAGCUGGUAAUAUCCUGCUGACCGAACAGGGUAUCGUCAAACUGGCUGAUUUUGGUAGCGCCGCCAUCAAGUGUCCUGCGAACAGUUUUGUUGGUACGCCGUACUGGAUGGCACCGGAGGUGAUUCUAGCGAUGGACGAAGGUCAGUACGAUGGGAAGGUGGACGUAUGGUCGCUUGGAAUUACCUGUAUCGAGCUAGCUGAACGGAAGCCUCCGUAUUUCAAUAUGAACGCGAUGUCGGCCCUCUAUCAUAUCGCGCAGAAUGAGGCGCCUACGCUGCAGGCUCCGGAUUGGUCUGACGUCUUUCGAAGCUUCGUAGAUUUUUGUCUGAAGAAGUUUCCAGUGGAACGACCCAACUCUAGUAAACUGUUAACUCAUUCUUUCGUGACGAGAAUACGAUCCCCGAAUGUGCUGAUUGAUUUAAUAGCAAGAACGAAAGCUGCCGUUAGGGAAUUGGAUAAUUUGAACUAUAGGAAAAUGAAAAAGAUUCUGAUGGUGGAUUCCUGUGAGACGGAGAGCAAUGUGGGUGAUGCCGAAGAUACACCGGAUGAGCAAAUCGGCGGUGAUAGUAGUAAGAGUAACAGUAUAACCUCGGAGCACUCUCUGCACUCGAUGGAUCAGCACGGUGGCGUGAUUCGGAACGCUUCAAGACACCGGCUGCCCGGAUCUGGUUUGCCGCCGUUGCAUAACAACAGUAUGAACAACUCGAGUGGUCGAGAUGGGAUGAUGCCCGGCGACGGUAUGAAUCGAAUGAGUUUGGGAAUCAGCGUAGGCAGCGGAAGUGGUGGAGGUAUGGGCAGUACCGGUGGCGGUGCUGGUGGGAGCGGCUCUGGAUCCGGCAGCAUGGGUGCUAGUAUUGGUUAUCAAAAUUCGUCAUCUAGUCCAGUGGUACCUCAUCAUCAUCCGCAUCAUAACCAUGUAUCGCAAGCAGCCGCCAAUGCCGUGGCUGAGCACGGUGCCAAUAAUUUCGCUACUAUUAGGACUACCAGUAUUGUGACGAAACAGCAAAAGGAACACAUGCAGGAGGAAAUGCAUGAGCAAAUGUCUGGCUACAAGCGUAUGCGCCGAGAACAUCAGGCAGCCUUAGUGAAGCAAGAAGAAAAAUGCAAAGUAGAAAUGGAACAACACAAAGGGGCCCUGGACAAGGAAUAUGAUCUGUUACUACAUAACUUCACCAGAGAAUUAGAUAAAUUAUCGGUAAAACACCAACAGGAAAUUGAACGCAGGAUGAAGCAGAACAACGUUGCCGAAAAGAAACUAUACAAGGAAAUAUCAACCAGACAGGAAGGCGACCGCAAAGCUUUUGAACUGCAUAAAAAGAAGGAAUACAAGGCGAAUAAGGAGCGCUGGAAGCGUGAGCUUUCGAUGGACGAUUCCACGCCGAAACGGCAGCGUGAUGCUACGUUGCAGACACAGAAGGAUAACCUGAAGCAGGCGGAGGCUCAAGAAGAGCAGCGAAUGUUGCGGGUGCAGAAGAACUACAUUGAGCUGGAAAUGCGCAAGUUCCGAAGGAAAAAAAUGAUGCUUUUGCAUGAGCUCGAAAAUCAGUUGCUUAGGGAUGAAUUAAGUAAGAAGCAGCAGCAGCUCGAACAAGCGCAUGGAAUGCUCAUCAAACACCACGAAAAGACUCAGGAUUUAGAAUAUCGACAGCAGAAGAGUGUUCAUGCCCUCCGCGAGGAGCAAAUAUCAAAACAACACGAGAGCGAAUUGCGCAAUCAAAAGGAGUACAUGGACCGGGCCGAACGGGAACUGUUGAGGAAGCAUGCGCUAGAACUUAAGCAGCAACCGAAAAGUCUGAAGCAAAAGGAACUGCAAAUACGCAAACAGUUCCGCGAAACAUGUAAAACCCAGACGCGCCAGUAUAAGGCGCUUAAAGCUCAAAUCCUGCAGACAACGCCUAAGGAGGAACAAAAAGCUGUGAUAAAGAAACUAAAAGAAGAGCAACAUCGUAAGUUAACGUUAUUGGGCGAUCAGUAUGAACAAAGUAUUGCCGACAUGCUACAGAAGCAAAGUUUGCGGUUAGACGAAAGUCAGGAAGUCGAAUGUCACCAGCUGAAGGAUCGGCUCCAGUAUGAGCUGGACAUUUUAACUGCAUACCAGAGCAAGAACCGUAUGCAAGCGCAAGCUCAGCGCGAUCGCGAACGGAAGGAGCUCGAGGAUCGAGUGAGCGUGCGACGAGCCCUGCUGGAGAGUAAGAUGGAAACCGAACUUCAGCAGUUCAACCAGGAGCGCGCUGAACGGAUACGGCAACUCCGAGAGAGGCAUGAAAAACAACAGGAAGCGUUCGACGAAGAAUCAGCGCGGAUGAAUUUUAGUGCUCUCGCGCUGGCCGAGGCCUCCAAGGAAACGUACCCGGACGAAGAGGGCAGCCUAUCCGGGUCGAUGCUAAGCCUGGCGCAUAGCAAUAGUUCUACUAGUUUUCCUGCGGGCUCGCUAUAGCAUAAAUCCAGAUGGACUAACAGUUUGUCGAGUCAUAAUUCUAUGUAGUGAGAUUUGCUGGGUAGGAUAAUAAUUUAUGUACAUGGGAUGAAGGUUGGACAGUUAUUUUGGCGCGUAAUGAAAUGUCGAGUGCAAGUUGCGGGCAGAAAUCAGUCUGAUUUAUUUUUCUACUUGCGUACCGGGAGAUGCAGUAAAUGCUGAUGGAUGGCGUCGGGAUCAUGCAAGUACAAUCGUGUGCACCGUUCUGCACCAAAAAGGGGUACAAUCUCUUUCAUCCAACUACACUGCAGGAUUUAGAAAAGAAAAGAGUUUAGUUUUUGUUUUGUACUAUAUUUUUUUAAUGAUUGUUAUGUACUCCGUGCGGAUGUAAGUUGAAAUGCCAUUGGUUGCAAUCUGUUCUGCAAAUUUUGACGAAAACUAAUUAACUCUGGUAGUAAACAACUCAAUAUAAGAUAGGAUUAUUCCUUCAAAAUUCUAGUCAAAUUGCUUGUUUUUGCUGGCGAAAUUCAGUGUGCUUUCUAUGCUGAAUAGACUAAUAGGCUUCCGUAUCGCUGAUUCCUGAUGGUUCCGAUAUAAUACUCAUAUUGAAUUCGAAUGAUUCCUAGUUGCUAAGACCUUUAAAACCAUUGCGUUUCCAUUUGUAAAUAUACCUGCAAGCAUCUAUUAGAACCAUUUUUAAUUCUAUGCUCACGAAAGAGGGAAUUGGAAAAGCAGAGUUGCAUUAUACAAACCUACGUCGAUUCGGCAUUGGCGAUACACUGGCGAAACAAAAAUCACAUAAACGAACAGUAAUCUGCUUAUAAUGUGUCCAUUGUGAACGCACAUGUCCCGACGCAAUCAUCAUUUUAUAUGUAUUUCUUCCUUCUUCCUACCAGUGGAGAGAGGUACACAGGACAGUAGCAAAUGCGGUGGGAUUGCUAAGCAUUCACGAAAAAAAUGUUAACAAAAAAUCUAUUGCUUAAUUUUAUUCUUCUUAGCAAUUCAAUGUGAUGAUUAGACUUACAUUAGUAGUAAAAAAUAAUCGUUAAAUUUUGAAAUUUCCAAGCAAACAUUUCGAAAUAGUUUGCUUUUCAACAGUAGUCUGUGCCCAGCGAUUUAUGGAAUUUUUUAGAUGUUUUCGGAUGAAUGCUUCGCCACACUGCACGCAAAUGCUUACUGCGCACAGCAGUGUGACUGGCAAUCGGAUACUGGAGCUUUUCGUUCGGAGAUCUGGCCGCCCUAGAAAAGCAUGACCUAAUGAUAUGUGUGUAAAAAGAGCAGUGAAAUUGUUUCUACAUAAUACUACUUAGCUUAUACCAUAAUUCACGCAUAUAAGUAAACCCUAGGAAGUAGUUGUCGGAAAAAAGAAUGCUUUUUCCUUGUUUUAUAGUUUUAUGAUUUAACUAGUGUCUAUGGAGAAACGAACAGAAAAAAUAAAGGUAAUUAUAGCGAAGGAUACCACGUCCUCCGAGGUGGAAUCGAACGCAACGUUUGAAUCACACCUAGGUGUAAAUCAGUAAAAAUGAUACAGAAACUAAACUUAUUUAUAUUUGUAAACAGUAUGUGUAGAAGUUCAUCAUUUCCGCUCUAUAGUUCAGCGUGUUUUGUACAUUUUUUAGUUUAAUUAUGUAAAAAAUUGAAAACAAACUUUAAUUUUUUACCAUUUAGAACAGACGAAACUUUAAUAGAACACAGAAAAAAAUCGUUAUAUUGGAAACUAUUGCAAUUAGUUAUAUAAUGUUUUAGUUAUAAAACAAUUCAAGUAAAAUCAAUGUAAAGUAUAAUGCAUUGCAGUUUUCUCACAAUUACUAAAGUAACAACUAGAUAAACUAAUUUAAUUGAAUCAAGCCGAAAAGCAUAUUCAAAAAGAAUAAAUUACAACACACUCUUAUAAACGAAGGCAAACGGAAACUAAAAUUAAUGCUGCUAGAGCUUUUUUACCUUAAUGACAGUGCAUAUUACAGAAAACAAAACAAAAAUAAUAACAAACACAGCCAGAUCGAAAAGUUUGAGGGAGGGAUUGAAUGCGACGAAAGGUUGAAAGAGCGCGACAGAAUGUGCAAUUCGAAAGUUGUAUUAUCGAGCAAGAAACUUUUUAAAAGAAAGAAGAAAAAACCAACAGAUUUUGUUUCGUUAUGAAACAGCGAACCAUGAUUAACAUUACACUCACUCUAAGCAUAGCGCAAAACAUUUUUCCCAACACAAUGAAAACAAGAAGAAAAAAAAACAGAUAAGGUAAGAUGAAACGAGAAACUAUUAAAAUAGUGAAAACUAAAAAUUUGAAGGUAAAAAAAAACUUUGGGUCUUCGCAUUACACAAUAGAUAUGACGCGCAUGGCCGGAAGAAUGUUUCUUCGGGUCUACAGCGACACCUAUACUCGUAUCCACAUACACGCAUACCACGCAAUGCAAAAACAAAUUACAACAUAACGCAAGACUAAUAAAUGUUUAGGAGCAAUUGCUAGAAAUGAGUCGACAACUCGUCGUGAUGUGUGUUUAUGUGCAGCAAAACGAAUAACGACGAUAAAUAGUAAGGGAAUUAAAAUGUGAAGCCAGCUGAUUCUGAUAGAAAGAAGAUAAUAAUAAUAAAACAAAAAACACU